ACGUCACACGUCGUCCAGAGAUCCAGAAUGCCGUGCUGCAAUUGUCAAUUGCACAGCACCCUAUAAUUAAGUCGCGCAACGCUGAAAUAAAAAUGUGAACCGCAUGAACAAGUUUUUCGCGUGUAUUUUCGGUGAUUUUUGUUUUUUUCGAGUGACUUUUCAGCUUAGGGCUAUUAAUAGUACUUAAAUUUGUGGAUUUUUAAAUAACUAAGCUUUAUUAACACAAAAAAUUAUGCAGGAGAUAUACAUUGACAUUCCACGAGCAUCAUUCAUGACUGAAAGAUACCUUUCGGACAUAAUGUCGCCAACGGCAACCUUGGUAUCGCAACCUGCGAGUUUGAACUCAGGAUUGCUGCACAGCAGGAACAGGCAGCAGGACUACAACAGUACUGGAUCGGGAAGUUCCAUGAUCACGUCAUAUUUCCCGACCACCAACUGGUAUCAGUACGAAGGAUCUGAUCAAUAUCAGCACAAACUUCUAUCUCCGACAUGGAACCCAUUUUCCACCCCCCAGUACCAGUCGUACAACGUCUACAGUGGCUACUCAAACUCGAGUAUACACGACCCCAUCCAAGACUUAUCCGACCAAUUGGCUGAUUUGACGUUUGACAGGCGACCAAUCAAACGACCGCCGCCAUCCUACCUGUGCCAUCUUUGUUUUCAAAAGGGCCACUACAUCAAAGAUUGUCCGCAGGCUAGACCCAAAGGUGAGGGCAAGACCCCUUACCAGGGCAGAAAAAGGUGCUUUGGAGAGUACAAAUGCCCUAAAUGCAAGCGAAAAUGGAUGUCGGGGAAUUCUUGGUCCAAUAUGGGGCAAGAAUGCAUCAAGUGCCAUAUAAAUGUUUUUCCACAUAAACAGCGUCCUCUGGAAAAACCUGACGGUCUUGACGUUUCGGACCAAUCAAAGGUACAUCCUCAGCACCUCUGUCAAAAAUGCAAAGAACUUGGUUAUUACUGUAGGCGAGUGCAGUAACCUAAGAAUUAUUAUACCUCAUUUUAUUUUAUAUUAUUAUUUUUUUUAUAUUUUAUUACUUUUUAUAUUAUUUUUUAUAUAUUUUAUUUUGUUCUGUACUUAAUUUCCCCCCAUUGUUUUAUUUUGGCAGCUG